UCCAUCCGGCAGCUACAUACAACGUCUCUCUCUCGAUCUGUAGGUAAGCAAGUGCAGGUGAGAGCCCGUUCUUCGCACGCCCCCUCGAAUCGUCUGUUUGCCCGGGAUUUCGAGCCCUCAACAGGUAGUCGAAGAUUUUUCGCCUCUUAGCGCCUGGUGAAUCGGGAAGGACUAGUUUCUUUUAAAGCCCCAGGAUUUCAGAAAGGAUCUUUAGGUGAUGGACGCCUACAAAUGGGACAACAGAGUUCGCUUCGUGGUCAGACAUAUGUACGAUACUGACAACAAUGGAUAUCUGGAUAUAAAUGAUUUUGAAAGCUUGGCUUUGAAAUAUACCAUUUAUGAAGGCAAAGGAGCUUAUAAUGCUGAAUUGCAUGAAAAAAACAAGAGAGUAAUGCAUGACUUGUGGACAGAAAUGGCGGAGCUGGCCGACUACAAUAGGGAUGGCCAGGUGACAGUGGAAGAGUUCAAGCAAGGCGUCCAAAGCGUGUGCAUGGGCAAGACGUUCGAACAAUUUCCACAGUCUCUCAAACACGCCAUUAACUGCAAGUUCCACGCCACUGACAUUAAUGGUGAUGGUAUAGUGACACUGGAAGAAUUCCGGAUGGACUGCGUGAACCGCAGCGCAUUCCAGGAUAUCCAGGAAAUUGAUGAUAGCUACAACAAAUUGCUGAAUGAGAAUGACAAGAAAAAUGGCGGCAUAACACAAGCUCGUUACCAGGAGCUUUACGCCGAAUUCAUCGGUUCCCCGGAAACAGAAGUUCCCGGAGCUCACCUCUUCGGACCCUUGACCGUAUAUUAAUGAUAUCUGAAAUACUUAUUAUCAAUUUUUAUUUUAAAAAUCUAUAUCAAGUUUUCCAUAGUUGCUCGUCUUUGUGUACUCCUCAACAUGUGACUGCACACCGAAAAGCUGUUUUGAAUUCAAUGAAGUCGUGUUACUUUGUAUUUCACCAAAAUGUUACAAUUGUUUGUUAGGGAAGCUAUUUUUACAUGUUUUCACUGAUUCCCGUAUUAUUUUUAUUUAAUGGAGGGUUUAGUUUUUAUUUUUUAACAAUUUUUUUGAGAUUUACAAAGUGAAAUGUGUUUAUGUCUUUAAUCACCAAAUGGAAGUAAUGCAUUUUUGAUCAUUUUUUAAUAAUCAUAAAAUCACAUGCUAAUUAUAUUAAAUAUGAAAGUUAAGAAGCAUUUGCUGGCAUCUAAAAAAAGCUAUUCUCAUGAUAUAUUUUUUUCGCAAUAGUUUAAAAUUAUUAAAAUUUCUCUUAAAAAUUAGAAUAAUUAAAAAUUUAGAUAUAAAUAGCGAAAUAUUAAUAGUUAAUCAAAAAAAUUCUCUGAAGAAAGUAAAAUAUUUUUUUAAGUUAAAAUGUUUAUAACAAUGGCAUUUUGAAAUAACAACGCAUAACAUAAAUAACUAAGAAUUCUUUCUUUUAGGUUUUUUUUUCAUUCGUGUUUGUGUUCGAAAAAUUAAUUUUAUAUAUUUGAUUUUAAUUUAAAAUUGACAUUAAUCAGCUUGCGAGCAUUCAAAUCGAAUUUUAAAUUCCGUUUAUUUUCGAAUAAUAUGCAAAUAUUUGAAACACUAACUCAUUUAAAAAAUAUAACAUUGAAGAUCAUGAAAAAAAAUUUUUGAAGAAUUUAGAAAAUAGAUAUUUAAAUAGCUUUGAACACGCUUACGCGCUUCGCAGCAGCGCGAACGUGAAAAAUAUUAACUGAUUUUUUUUAAUAUAAUUUCUGGGACAUUUUUGUACGCUAGUUAGAUGCGUAAGUGUUUAGCUCAUAACUGCAUUAAUUAGUUGAUUCUGUAAGUUAGUUUACAUAUUAGUAAAAUGAUCAGUCAUCAUAGUAUUAGUAGAAGCGCAUAUAAUUCCACAGCACGAGAAGUAGAUUUGUUGCUUUGCAAUCCUACAUUUGCACUUUAGAAAGCAUUUAUUUAUUAUCAUUCUGUUAGAAACAAAAAGAUAUUACAAUAUUCUUUUAUUAUAUAAUUUAUAUGCUAAAGUAUUUGUAUUAAAGCUUAACCAAAAACCAUCAUUCUCUCUAGGGACAUGAUCAAAUAUACAAUAGCACCUUCAUUAAUAUUUAUUUAAUAGAUAAUGGUUGAAGAUUCUGCUUUGUUCACUAAGAAAUACUGGAAUAACUAUGUAAUAGCUCGUCGAUUCUCAGUUAUUUUCAUUAUUAUUUCAUUUUAUAACUUUCUUUCUAUAUGAAUUCUUUAAUCAUUUAUUUGUCUUCGAAAUGUAAUUAUAACAAAAUAACACAGAAAUUUAUAGCAGUCUUUCUAAAAAGAAUUCUAUAAGAAAAGUUGGAGAACGAAUCUAAAGUUCUAGGAAAAAUACAGCAUUCUCAAUCUAUAACAAUCGGAAAAGAAUUUGGAAGAAUCGGAAAAGAAAUUUGGAACAAUCGUUGUAGAAAGUUGGUCAACGUAUCUAAAGCUACAGAAUAAAUAUAGAAUUCCUAAACCAUAACAAUCGGAAAAGAAUUUUUUUAAGCUCUUCUGCUACUCUAAAAAGAGAGUCAAAUAUUUGAUUCUAAUCUCCAUUAACCGAAAUUCUAGCCUGUAUGCAGGAAGAUUGAGUGGUCUUUGAUAACAAAAUUUUUUUAAAAAAAUUCACCCAUGGAAUAAACUGUGCAGUCAUUAGCAUUUUAAUAAACUAUUUCUGCUUUGAAUACACCAAAAAAAAAAAUUCUAGCACUGUCAUUUACAGAGACAAAUUUUUCAAACUCUUUUUAUUUUGGAGCAAACGAUUAUAAAAGAAAACAAAUGGAUUUCUUUAUGCAUUUCAUCGCCAAAUUAUCGUCUGCAUAUUAAUAUGAAUAAUUUUUUUCUUUUUUUUUCAAUUUGCUUUUAACUAAAUUAAAAUAUUAGCGUGUGCUUUAAAUAUAAAUAUAUUUUAUUUAACAAUAGAGAUUAUUUUUAAUCAAAUUUCGUGUUAUAUUAACUAAAAAAUAUUUUUAUUUUAUUUGAGAACUCAUCUUGUAAAAUGCAUACAUUUCUUCGCUUCUUUGAUAUCAAGGUAUUAUUAAGAGAAGAAAUAGUAUCAUGGAAUAAAUUAUUGUUCUAUUCAUUUCAUUUUCUAUAUUAUUUCUAAUCGAUAAAUAUUUUUAAUAAACAAGUAAUUUCACUAUCCUCAAAUAAUAUAAAGCAUCAUUAUUUAAUUUCUUCCUUUCUAUUAGUACUCCCAAUAAAUAAUAAAUUUCAUAAAAUAUUUCCUAUUUUGAAAAAUUAGAUUUACAGAAGUUAAAUUGUUUUUAGUUAAAAAAAAUGUUUUAACUUAUUCUAUAGAAUGAACUAAGGCUUAUUUUAAUAAUUUUUAUUACUUUCAGAAGUAAAAAAGGAUGUAGUUAUGAAAAGAAUUAAAUUAUCAGAAAGAGAUGCAAAAAUCAAGAUUCUAAUGAUGGAACUGCAAAAUUAGAAUUACAUGAAAUGAGAAGCCAUUCUUUUGAAUUUCUUAUAAAAUCAAAGGCUUCAGAAGAACUGAGAUAAAAAAUAAGUUGUGAGGUUUAAGAAAAAGGACAGCCAUUUUUCCAGUUCUUUCCUUCACAAAUAUUUCCCUCGAAUAUAUAUAGUAUUAGAAGUGAAAGAAAUGAUAAAGUGCUAGUUAUUUUAGGAUAGACUUUUGUAAGUUCGAGUACAAAUAUUUUUGCUUAGCUAUGAAAUACUGAUAAUGCUAAUGAGCUUGAACAAAAUACAGAAAUGAGAUUUAAAUAUAUAUAUUCCAAAUGUUUCUUUUAUGUUUUAUUUUGUUUUUUUAAUUUCAGUUCUAUAAAAUAAUAACCCACUAUCAUCAUGUGAAAGUAGAAACUUGUGUCUACCUGCUUCGAAAAUAAUAUUCAUAUAGCUCCAUUUCUAUAUUGUGUGCAUUAUAUGUCUUGUUUCACUUAGUAUCCUAUGUAUUUUUAUGUCUUGUGUAUGUUGAAAUACAAUGAUCAUAAAUAAAACGUAUUCGUGUA